CAUCUCGACGUUAUCGAUUCUUUCUUCCCCCCCCCCCCCAAAAAAAACAAACCCCAAAAGUCUCGAGGAAAACCCCUGUAAACCCUAAACCCUGAAAUUGUCUACUCUUCCCAUGGAUGUAAUCACCGAUAUCUUCAAUCGUCUCCCGGUGAAGUCAUUGGUGCGUUUCAAGGCCUUGUCGAAGACAUGCUGCUCUUUAAUCGACGACCCUGAUUUCAUCAAGAAUCAUUUGAGCCGUUCCAUCAAGACCAGAUCGAAUCUCAACAUCCUCCUCAAAGGUUUGCAUCUCUAUUCCGUGGAAUUUGAUUCCCUGGAUAACGCCGUUCCUCUCGAUUACCCUUUGAGUAGCGGAGCUGGGACUGAAGUGUUUGGUUCGUGUAACGGAAUCCUCGCAUUCCGUCUAUCUGAUAAAAAUCUGGCCUUUUAUAAUCCGUCCACGCUGCAGUUCCGUCGACUGCCCGUUUCGGAAAUCGAUCCUCCGUCAGGUGAAUCUUGUAAAUCUGGAUAUAUUUUUUAUGGGUUCGGACAGGCUGUUAAAACUAACGAUUACAAGGUCGUGAGAAUGGCGACGUUCAAUAAAACUGACGAUGAAGAGAACGAAAGUUACUAUUUUGAUUACGAGGUUAAGGUUUAUAGUUUAAAGGACUUUUGGAGGAAAAUCUCUAAGCUUCCUUUUUAUCUUCGGUUCAUGUUCCAAUUUUUCUACCAUCUCUUGCAUAGACGAGGCUAUGAUGUGCUGGCCGGUGGGGUUUUACAUUGGGUGAUGCCUCCGAGGAUCGAAUUCGGAAUGAGGAAUGCAAUUGUGGGUUUUGAUCUCGGAACCGAGGAGUUCAUCGAAGUACCUCAACCUAAUUGUGCUGAUAAGAGCUAUUUGUUGGAUGUGGGUGUCUUGGAUGGACGCCUAUGUGCUGUUUGUAAUUAUAACCAAGAGAAGAUUGAUGUUUGGGUUAUGAAGGAAUAUAGGGUAAAAGAAUCUUGGACUCUGUUGCUUUCUGUUCAAAGGAAUAGAACCAUUAACACCUUAGCGUUUCUAAAACCAUUAGCUUAUUCCAAGGAUCUUGAUAAGGCUCUGUUUGAGAUUAAUAGCCGAAAGUUUGUCUGGUAUGAUCUACAAAAGAAGAAUAUGCGGAGUAUGAAGAUCGGUGGUAGUCCGGGCAGAUUUGGUGCUGAGGUUUAUAUAGGAAGCCUCAUUCAAAUCAAUGACCCGAAAAGACUGCAAAUCGAGAAGCAAAAUGAACUCGAGAAACUGAAGAACGAAAGUUGUAAGAAGAGGGAUUAUUUCCUUUCAAAAGGAUUCAAAUUGGUCUUAUAAUCAAAAUGAAGAAAAUAUACACAGACGAACAAAGUGCUAAGGAAGUUAAAUGGCUUCUUAUCUAUGAAGGCAACCUUGAAGCUUUGUAUUUUUUUAUCCUUCUCUCACUGCGGAUCUCCCAAAAGGUUGACUUGGGAAGUCCAAUACGAUUGACCUAAGAACUGGACUUUGCUAUUUGGCAGAAAAAGCUUGGACAAUUCUCUAACUUUUGAUUCAUACUUAUGUUUUGAAACAUUCCAUCAACAUGUUUUUUAUUUUAUUUUAUAGAAAGGUCAACUUGGGUCCAUGUAUUAAUCUUAUGAGAAUGUUGGUAGCUUUUAUUGUGCGAGACAUUUAGAAAUUUCAACGAUGUCUUCAUCUGUUGUUUUGAUU